GGAUGUCAGAAAAUGGUAACAAAAAAUCAAACAAAACAAAAUCACAAAAUCAUACAUCAAAACAACGCCAAUUACAAACACAACAUGAAAAUACUGUUUGGUCAAUAGAGGAUGUUGUUGAUGGUCCAAAAAUAGAAAUGGUUGGAGGCAAAAAAAGAAAAAUGUAUAAAGUUCGAUGGAGCGAAAGUUAUGAACUUGCAAGCAACAUUCCUGAUGAGAUGAUCGAUUUAUAUGAAAAACGUGGCAAGAAGCAAAUCAAAAUUUUGGGACCGCUUGUCAGUAAUAAAGAAACAGCUUCUGGGGAAAAACAAGAAACUAGCCCUAACAGUCAACUCGCUUUACAAAAGACUAGAUUUGCUGUUGAAAUAGGGGAUGAUGUUCAAUUUAUGAGUUAUAAACAAGUGAAGACCCUUUAUAAAGAAGAACUGCUUGAAUAUUUUGAGGAACGAGCUAAAAUUGAGGAAUAA